AUGACAACUUUGGUCUUUACAGGAGUCGCCAAAGCUUCAACUUACGCAGGACCUGCCAGGAUGGUAAACAUCGAGAAUCUUUCAUCAAUGACAUCACAAAUUGAUCGCAUCGUCUGCAGUAUUGGGGUAGAUAUUCGUCUGGUUUUCCACCCAAAUCGCGAGAGGAUCAGGGAGGCAGGUUUACUUCUCGCCUUUACAAGGAACAACCAGGGCAUGAUCAGCGGUCUUGGGUAG